AUGGCGGCCAAGCAGCCCCCGCCUCUCAUGAAGAAGCACAGCCAGACGGACCUCGUGAGCCGCCUGAAGACCCGCAAGAUCCUCGGCGUGGGCGGGGAGGACGACGACGGGGAGGUGCACCGCUCCAAGAUCAGCCAGGUCUUGGGCAAUGAAAUCAAGUUUGCUGUUCGGGAGCCUCUGGGGCUGAGGGUCUGGCAGUUUGCUUCUGCUGUGCUCUUCUCCGGCAUCGCCAUCAUGGCCCUCGCCUUCCCUGACCAGCUCUAUGAUGCGGUCUUUGAUGGAGCCCAGGUGACCAGCAAGACCCCCAUCCGCCUCUAUGGCGGUGCCCUCCUCAGCAUCUCCCUGAUCAUGUGGAAUGCUCUCUACACGGCUGAGAAAGUGAUCAUCCGAUGGACUCUGCUCACCGAAGCCUGUUACUUUGGGGUCCAGUUCUUGGUGAUCAGUGCCACGCUCGCAGAGACCGGCCUCGCGUCCCUGGGGAUCCUGCUGCUCUUGGCCAGCCGCCUCCUUUUUGUCGUCAUCAGCAUUUACUACUAUUACCAAGUGGGCCGAAAACCCAAGAAAGUCUAG